GCAUCUAUUCUUUCUCUUUUCACUUCUUCUCUCUACCUAUCCCUUCGCUCUGUAAGAACACAGCAGAAUACAGAUUAAACAACGCAACAGAAAACUCUGCUACCCUUUAUUAUACUAUUUUAUUUUAUAUUAUUAUUUUUUUUGGAAGAGCAGAGAGGGAAGCACCAUGGCCCACCAACUCAUCCCAAACAGAGUUCAAUUGCUGAAACCCAUCUGAAAAAGCCUGGAAAAGACUCCUACAUAGGAUGACUUCGAUCUUGGGAUUCGUUUCCCUACAAAGAUCCUCUUAAUCCCAUCACCGUUAUUUCUUUAAAAAAAUAACUCCGAGGCCUUGUUAUUGUGAAUAAAUAAUCAAAUUCAUGGGCGAAUAGAGUCCCUACAAAUCUAUAAUUUUUCUAUCAUGGCAGCAUUAUUACGGGUUUGGGUUUGGCUCUGGCUGUGGGGGUUAAAAGCAGAAUUUGUUAAAAAAAUCAACAUUUUCGUAAAUCAGAGAGCAACUUAUGUGGCGGCUUGUAGUAUAUGUACCAGGCAAAGGACGAUCAUUACUUUCUGUUGCUCCUGGUCCUUCAUAAGUACUAAGUAGAGAAGGUACUUAGGGGUAAGAAAUAAUUGAGGAAAUUUCCUUGAUAUUUUUUUUCUCCUGUACCGGAAUUCUAUUUUGGUUGUAUUUAUAUCUUGCAUUGACCCACUUCUACUAGAGAGAGAAAGAGAGAGAAGGUGGGCAUAUAUGAAAUGAUGAUCAUGGCAUGAAGGUCAUCAUCACCCCUAUCUGAUCUUCUAUUUCUGAGGAAGUAUUUCUCAUCCUUGUUCCUAGGUUGGUUUUCAUGGUACCUCUAUGUUGGCUUAUUAAGAGAACAAGUCUGAGAUAAAAGAAGCUCGCUCUUACUAAUUACUCUCCAAUUUCCCACCGUAGUCUUCCUCAAGUACCCUCCACCGACCACCACCACCACCACCACCACUGCUACAACUACUUUGAUCCGUUUCCAACGCACCUAACUAAUUAUUCCACUCUUCCAUUACGUGGUUUUUGGGUUUAUAAUAUAUAUUCCAACAUAAGAAAUCAAAGCAAGAGGAAGAAGGAGUAUAAAUAAUUGGUGAGAAACCAAUUAAUCAAUUGAGAAGAACAUUAGAAGAAGCAAUUGAUGAGAUUUCAUGGCUCGACAACUGUGUGAAGACAAAUCAUCAGGUGGAUUCUGCUAUUCUGAUGCAUCAUCGGGUAACCCAACGAUGCAGACUCAUCUAGUGAACCAGAUCCAAGGCUUUGUGUCAGACCCAGAGAUGUUCAACCUCACCACAGGCAUGGAAAUGAUAGGGUUUCCAAAGGGCGACGCCAACGCUGUCAUGUGGAAAACUUUCAGCGCCAAACCUGGUCCUUCCUCUUCCAAAACCAUGAAUCACUCUUCCACCACUUUCUACCACCAUGACUAUAACAACAAGCCUUCAGAUUUCACACAAGCGAUAUCUGAAACAAGUGGCGAGAAUCUAAUCGUGGGAGCUCACGAUUCAGCUCCGUGGCAAGAGAACAACAACAGGUUACUCGUUGAUGAUUCUUCCUUAAGGUGUGUGUUCCCUUGUGAAGGGAACGAAAGGCCUAGUCAAGGUCUUUCACUCUCUCUUAGUUCAACCAACCCUUCCACUAUUGGGUUGCAAUCUUUUGAGCUAAGACAAACAAGCCACCAUCCUGAUUUUGUUUCAACUUCCAGAGAGGGGUUCUUUGGAAAAUCAGUGACUGUUCAACAGCAACAGGUGUUACAAGAUGGGUAUUUGAGUGCUAAGCCUGCGAAUCUUUAUCAACAAGGACAUUUCUUGCUCAAGAACUCAAAGUACCUGGUACCUGCACAGGACCUUCUGAACGAGUUUUGUAGUCUAGGCACAAAGCAAAGCGAAGUGCCAAAGCCAAAGUCGUCAAACAAGAACAAGCAGUGGGAAGAGGAUAAUAAUAACGGUGUCGGUUCCUCGAAGAAGCAUUCUCUUACCUCCCUAGAAUUCGUGGAAUUGCAAAAGAGAAAGACAAAGCUGCUUUCGAUGCUGGAAGAGGUUGACAGAAGAUACAAGCACUACCGCAAUCAGAUGAAAAGCGUGGUGUCAUCGUUUGAAGCUGUGGCUGGGAAUGGUGCAGCCACGGUGUACUCGGCGUUGGCUUUGAAAGCCAUGUCGAGACAUUUCAGAUGUUUGAAGGAUGGGAUAUUGGGGCAGAUUCAGGCCACAAGGAAAGCCAUGGGAGAGAAAGACCCAGUUGCACCAGGCACAACAAGGGGUGAAACACCAAGGCUUAAAAUCAUUGACCAAGCCCUCAGACAACAAAGAGCCUUCCAACAAAUGAGCAUGAUGGAAACGCAUCCUUGGAGACCCCAACGUGGCCUUCCCGAGCGAUCUGUCUCCGUUCUUCGAGCUUGGCUUUUUGAGCAUUUUCUCCAUCCGUAUCCAAGCGAUGUUGACAAACAUAUUUUAGCCCGCCAAACUGGUCUCUCGAGAAGUCAGGUUUCAAAUUGGUUUAUCAAUGCAAGGGUGAGACUUUGGAAGCCAAUGGUGGAGGAAAUGUACUUGGAGGAGCUGAAGGAUCAGGAAAACAAUAUAGCUUCCUCAGAGGCGGGCACCGAUCCAGAUGAUAAUAUUAACCCAAAUGUUCAAAACCCACCACCUGCUUCUUCACGUUCCGAGGAUCAGAAGCCGACACUUGUCCGAAUUGACUCUGAGUGUGCGUCCUCCGUCAUCAACAACCACACCCCAGAUAACAAAAACGACCCAAAGAACAGCACCAACAUGAACCCACAAGAACAAUGCUUUGGGUCGGUGGAGCUUGAUUUUUCAUCUUACACGCACCACACAUCGGGCAUGGUUUCUUACAGUAGUAACGAUCAUGAUGGGAACAACCAGAGUUUGAAUGGUGGGAAUGGGGUGUCUUUGACGCUAGGGCUACAGCAGCAUGGGGUGAGCCUAGCGUUCCCGCCAACAACUCAGAGUUCGCUGUACUAUCCAAGGGACCAAAUUGAAGAUUGUCAACCAGUUCAGUACUCUCUUUUGGACGGCGAAGGACAAAACCUGCCUUAUAGAAAUUUGAUGGGUGCACAACUGCUUCAUGAUUUGGCAGGAUGAAAUGGAUAUUAUUGAUUUGAAUUGAGUUGAUCGUGGAGGACGCACGGAAUUGAGAUUAAAAUGCAUGGUGAGUAAUUAAGUGGGUAUAAUUAAGAUUAGUUUUUUCUUUUUAUCCUUUAGCUAGCUACGCACAACAAAUUAUAUACUACACAAUUAAUGCUUAAUUCCAUACAUAAAGCUAUACUUGAUUAGAUAACGUAUAGUUUGAUUUCGACAUGUGUAUUCAUGCCUAUAUUUUGGAAUUGGAAUUCGUAAGUCAAGAUUUAUACAAAAUUUGUUUAGUUAAUUAUUUUUUUUCUUCAACUAAUAAACCAUAUAGUUCAUAUACUUUUGAAUUAUUGGAAUGUUCCUUAAUCCUGGGUUCGAUUCUUUCGGAGGGCUAUUUUCUUUGGGGCUUCCAUUAACUACUGAACUAGUGGCAAAUAAUAUUCUUUUUCCGAGGGUUGGAGAUAUUUGUAGUUUGUUAUGAAAAGAAAAGAAUAUUGCUAAAGGACAAUACCAUUUGGCUGUACAAGUUUGGUUGGAUGCUAAGAACAACAAGAAUUACCAAAAAUAAAAUAAAAAUCAAAGAUAAUUUGGUGGUAGUGGUCCCUGGUUCAACCUCAUGAAGACAACAUCUCGUGCCGAUAAGAAUUGGUUGCUUUAUGAUGUCAACUUUUGUUAUUGGUUUAUCUGUGCCCUCUUCUUUUUGGCCAAUAUAAGAGAUGUCGUUUCAGUAAGUUUAGAGUUAGAGGUGCUUGGUUUAUUCAAACAAUCCUAUCUCACCUCCUCCUAUUUGCUCUCUAAGGAAUGCAACUUGUGUG